AUGCACGGCAUCCUGUCUAGGACUCAAGCUCCCCGCAGCUCCAUUCACUGCGACAUCAAGCGUCUGAGUGACCUGAGACGGCGAUUCCAUUUGAACCUGGCCAUUGCCUGCGACAACGACAAGGGCGGGCCGUCGACCACCGCGCUCGCCGUGCAAGAUCGCGAGGAUGCCCUCGUCUACUGGAUUGCGGCCAAUGGCGACAGCCAGGGCGGCAUCUCGCCAGAGGUAGCUGCUCACCUCGAGGGACUGAUCCGUGACCUGGCCAACAUUGUGGGGUUGCCCCAGACGGCUGAGGCGCGAGAGGGUCUCGAGCGCGCGUUUGUGGAAAAGUUCAUCAACUUCAAAUCGCCUAAAGUGAAAAAGGAGAACAUGAGGCUCUCCAACGCGGCAGAAAGAUGCAUAAAGUACUUGAGCACGGGAAUGGAGAGCGAAGCUAGCGACAAUUAUGUGAACGUAGUUGGAGCACGAGGUGUCUCCGUCGUGGAAUGGCUCCGCAAAUUCGACAAGAGCCAUAACGCCAGGCCUGCAACCCAGCUAUGUAGCCUCGCGUAUAGCGAGCGCCAUAAACCUGAGAUGAACGAACUCAAAGCCAUCAUCACGCGGCUUGAGACAUGCCCCGACGUCGCAAAAGCCUUUCAUAUAGUCUACCAUACCGUGGGACGAUUAGCCAGCCACGUCCGCACCCCGCGGCAACUCAUCCGCGACGCCACCGACCUCCAGGAACGAACGGGCGGUACCUCGCACCUCGAUCCCGCGGAUGAGCGCACCACUGCGCUAGACAGCCUAAGGCGAAUGGUCCGGGCGGAAGAUGAGCGCUUCGAGCGGCUAAGCGGCAACCUGCAGGUCAUGGGGCCCCAGCUCUACUUGGACAAGGGGAUGCAAGAGUUCUUCGACGACGAGGCUGGCCCACCACCGUCGGUGCACGCCGAGGUCCAGGUCCUCGAUCACUUUUACCAGCAGAAGCUCACUUACGUGUACGGCGACGCGUGGCUCGAGCAACGCGGCGUGCUGCAACACAUGAUUGAGGACAUGCGCAAGCUGGUGCUGGUACGGCUCCGGGAUAUGCUAGGGCCACUCCCGUAUCGCACGGAUUCGCUUACGGCCAUUACUGAGAAGGAGGAGCUGCCGUAUUGGUCGGAGAAUUCAAUGUCGGAGGACAUGUCGGCCGCGGAGACGGAUUCGAGUCAGGCAAUGGGCGGCGACACGUAG